CUGCUCAUUGUCUCGGCCUGUGAAUUUUCCCUCCCAGAGCUGAAGCUCAAGAUGUCCGAAGAACAAAGCUGCCCCUUCAAAGCACCCCAACAAAACUCACACCGGGACAGCUCCAAGGAGACCGUGAAGCAGGAUGCAGCCCGGGCGCCCCCAAGUCCAUCUGUAGAAGAAACCAUGGACGCCGUGCUGAAGCGACUGAAGGAGAAGCGACAGCAGUUCAACAUCCCCGAGAAUAUCAAGGCCAGCAAGCAAGACAGGAGUCUGAUGAAGCCCCUUUAUGAACGCUACAGGAUUAUCAAGCAGCUUCUGUCGACACCAACUUUGAUUACCACCAUUGAGGAAGAAGAUUCUGAUGAAGACCAUUCCCAGAGCUGCUAUGAAUUGUCCUCAGCUACAUCGUCCCUCAACCUGCCCGCUGAUGAUCAUCUGUGGCGCUCGGACGAGGAGAAUGAGCCCGCCUUUGUCUCACCCCUGGAUGAAAAAAAGGGAAUCAAGCAGCCCGCCUUGUCUAUGUCUAACCUGCAUGAAGCUACCAUGCCCGUGCUGCUGGAACAUCUCCGAGAAACCCGAGCGGACAAGAAAAGACUACGGAAAGUGCUGCGAGAGUUUGAGGAGCAGUUCUUUAAACAGACAGGAAGGUAA